AUGGACGUCCAAGGCUUGGACUGGCUCCUGGUCCCGCUGCAGCAGCUGGUUUCCUGGGGGGCGGCCGGGGCCAUGGUCUUCGGAGGGGUGGUGCCCUACAUCCCGCAGUACCGGGACAUCCGGAGGACUCAGAACGCCGAGGGCUUCUCCACUUACGUGUGCCUGGUGCUCCUGGUGGCCAAUAUUUUGCGGAUCCUCUUCUGGUUCGGAAGGCAUUUCGAGUCCCCGCUGCUCUGGCAGAGCAUCGUCAUGAUCAUCACCAUGCUGCUGAUGCUGAAGCUGUGCACCGAGGUCCGCGUGGCCAAUGAGCUCAACGUCAAACGCCGCUUCUUUACAGCUGCAGAUAAUAAGGACGAGGAAGUCAAAGUGACCCCCAGGCGGUCAUAUCUGGACUUCGACCCUCACUACUUCUGGCACUGGAGCAGCUUUGCGGACUACCUGCAGUGUGUGCUGGCCUUCACGGGCAUCGCGGGCUACGUCACCUACCUGUCCAUCGACUCGGCCCUGUUCGUGGAGAGCCUGGGCUUCCUGGCCGUGCUGACCGAGGCCAUGCUGGGCGUGCCGCAGCUGUACCGCAACCACCUCUACCAGUCCACGGAGGGCAUGAGCAUCAAGAUGGUGCUCAUGUGGACAAGUGGUGACACCUUCAAGAUGGCAUACUUCCUGUUGAACGGUGCCCCCCUGCAGUUCUCCGUGUGCGGCCUGCUGCAGGUGAUGGUGGACCUGGCCAUCCUGGCGCAGGCCUACGCAUUCUCCCGCCGCCGCCCCCCGAAGCCCACCCCCCACGCAGUGCACUCCACCAGUGCCAAGGCCCUGUGA